AUGGCAUCGGCCAGCUUGACGGUCCUGAGAGCGGGAAGGAGAUUACGAAAUCCGAACCUGCCGCUACCACUAUCACUGCCACACGCGCGCACGCGCGUCCAUGCUCGCACAAUCUCAAAUACUCAGAAGUCACCGUUGGCCGCCGUUACCACUGAGCACGUGGCAUCUCACCAUGGCCCGACGACGCCUCACACCCCACCACCGCAACCCCCUAACUUCUCCCCCGAGUUUACGUUUGGGGCGUACCAAACCACGGGGACCACACCCGUGACCCGAAUCCGGUAUCCGAAGUUCCAAUCCCUGGAAUCGGAGCGCGCGUUCCGGAAACUCCACCAUGCGGCUGCCCUUCGCUGGCUCGGGUACCAGGGGUAUAAUAACGAGGGAGCGGGCGGACAUGUCACGGUUCGCGAUCCCAUCCUUCCGGACCACUUUUGGAUUAAUCCGCAUGGACGGAGUUUCAGCUGGAUGAGGCCCGAGGACCUGGUGUUGAUGGGGCCGAAGGGCGACAUUGUCGACGGGCAGGGCGGGAAUAUGCACAGCGUCAACCCUGCAGGCUGGGUCAUCCACUCGGCAGUCCACGAAGCGAGACCGGACGUCAUUGCGGCGGUGCAUUGUCAUAGCGUGCCGAGCAAGGCGUUCUCCAGUCUCGGAUGCAUGCUCGAGCCUAUCAACCAGGAUGCAUGUCGCUUCUACAACGAUCACGGCAUCUACUCUGGCUUUGGUGGCAUUGCCUUCAAAGCCGACGAGGGCCGCCAGAUCGCCGCCGCCCUGGGCAAUACCAAGGGCGUCAUCCUACGCAACCACGGCCAUCUGACCGUCGGAAAGACCGUCGAUGGCGCGGCAUUCCUCUUUGGCGCCAUGGAUAGGUGCAUCCAGGCUCAGUUGCUCGCUGAUGCGGCGUGCGCAGGCCGGGGGACGACGACGUUAAAGGUCGAGCACGAGGAGGCCGAGUACACGCGCAAUGUGUAUAACGAUGAGAUGGUGUACAUUAUGUUUCAGUCGGCGUGA